AUGGCCUUAGAUAUCUAUCGACGCGAGGCACGCAGAAAUGCAUGGUACGACGGGGAAGACGAAGAACCUUCCCGCAAUCCAUUCAAGAAGUUCCGCAGACGCCCACAACGGAGGCGCUCUAUUCAACUAGAGGCUCAGACGCGCAGCGUGAACGAUCUCUCCCUAUCAGAAGACCAGCGCCGGAAGCAGGACUUUGAAACUGACGGUUUGACUGUGCCCAACUACGCCAAUACAUUUCCACCCGGAACAGCCAGCAGCGAUCAAUUCACGGCAGCUAGCGCUGAGCGCAACGAGCCGUCGAUUGGUAGCCAGAACCCUAUCAACGUUGCCUCGGAGCGGGGACUUGAACCGGAAACUGAAGAAGGAAAUGGCAAGACUAGGCAGCGGAAAGGUGUCUUCGGUCGAUUCAAGCGUGGGUCAACGGAGGAAGAAUUGAAGGAUGAGACGGAGGAAAGAAAGCCUCCUAAAUUUACGGUUGCUUCGCAGUUGAGGGCGACUAUCUUCAAUUCUUGGAUCAAUGUUCUCUUCAUUGCGGCGCCGGUUGGUAUUGGGCUGUAUGCUGCUGAUGUGCAACCGGUUGCUAUUUUCGUGGUUAACUUCAUUGCUAUCAUUCCCUUGGCUGCUAUGCUCAGUUUUGCAACCGAAGAGAUUGCCUUGCGAACCGGUGAGACCAUUGGUGGUCUUCUGAACGCUACAUUUGGUAAUGCCGUCGAGUUGAUCGUCGCUAUCAUCGCGCUGGUGAAGAAGGAAGUCGUCAUUGUCCAAACUUCUCUCAUCGGCAGUAUGUUGUCGAAUUUGCUGCUCGUCAUGGGCAUGUGCUUCUUCUUCGGCGGUAUCAAUCGCAUGGAGCAACACUUCAACGUCACCGUGGCCCAAACAGCCGCCAGUAUCCUCGCCAUCGCCGUUGCCGCUUUGAUCAUUCCUACCGCCUUCAGCUGGUCUGACGAUUCCACAGGUCACGCGGAUAAAGUUGCACCUCUGUCUCGAGGCACCAGUAUUCUCCUCCUCGUCGUUUACGCCUGCUACCUCUUCUUCCAACUUAAGUCUCAUGUUGAGAUCUACAACCGUCCCAGCCCGAAGGUCGAGAAACGUCGCCAAAAGGUCACUGAAGGCGACACUACCCGUAACCUUGCACAAAUCGGCAAGAUGAGCGCCGGCACGAUGGGCGGUGAACACGCACAGCAAAUGCAGGUGUUGGAUCCAGAUGAUGAGCCCGAUCAGCCUCAGUUGCAUAUCUGGGUUGCCGCGCUUACACUUGUGAUCUCAACUGCCUUUGUUGGUGUCUGUGCCGAGUUCAUGGUCGACUCCAUCAGUGCCUUGACUGCUACUGGUAGCAUCGGCGAGACCUUCGUCGGUCUUAUCCUCCUACCUAUCGUCGGUAAUGCAGCGGAACACGCCACAGCCGUCACAGUCGCCUGCAAGGAUAAGAUGGAUCUCGCCAUCGGUGUGGCCGUCGGAUCCAGUAUGCAGAUUGCCCUGCUUGUGCUUCCGCUGGUCGUUGUCAUUGGAUGGUGCAUGGGUGUUGAUGACAUGACUCUCUCAUUCGACAACUUCCAAGUCAUCCUGCUCUUCGUUGCCGUUCUUCUGGUCAACUACCUCAUCGGUGAUGGCAAGUCCCACUGGCUUGAGGGUGUCUUGCUCAUGACUAUGUAUUUGCUUAUUGCCCUUGCUGCUUGGUUCUAUUAGCUUGGUAGCCACCAGGUGUAUGGCUGCAUGACUAGUAGUGGUAAUCUAUCUCUUGGUUUCUAUUCCAUUCUUUAUGUAUUAUUUCAUAACUACUUGACAACUUUUCAAAAUAUCUAUGCG